AUGUUUUCACUUUCAAAGAAAAAAGAAGCCGGCUUCUCUGAUUCUGACAGCGAGUCUGUUGAGAUUACUGAAACCCCCUCAUUCCAACGCAAUGACAUUUUGGUGUGUGCUACCUAUGGCAAGGUGUAUGCCGUCCACAAGCGUAAUGGCAGCAGGUUAUGGCGAGCUGAAUUCGGUGCUGCAGGUGGUGUCGUUUCUCUUUUCAUCACAGACUAUGAUCGAGUGAUAGCUGCUGGCAACGGCAAAACAACUUGUUUGGAUCUCUACACUGGACACCAGCUUUGGAUCAACAAAAUGAAGGGAUGUGGAUAUGAGGAAGUAGGGACUAUCAGUACACCUAGUCGUAUCCUUGACCCUCAUCAAGGCAGCCAACGAAAUAGUGAUCAAGAUGAUGCCCUCCCUGAAUAUCAAGAAGAAACAAGAUCAAACUCCGGAAAGCCAGUGAUUGUCGCAUGUACCAAUGGCAAAUGUAUGGGUCUCGAUGCAGAUACAGGAGAAGAAUUAUGGCGAUUCAAAUGUCCCAAAGGAGGCUACAAGAUCCCAACAGCGCUUGUUGAUCCAUCCACCGAAUACCAUCGGCAACACAAUGUCUACGUUGGAUGUGGUAAAAUGAUUUAUUGCUUGGACGCACAAGGAGGCGAUCUAAAGUGGAGCACAAAAAUCUCGAAUGCAAAGAUGGGACAAGGUUACAUGACACUCGCCACACCUUGGAGUUCUCGAUUGGCUGCAGAGGCCUAUACAGCUUUCAAUCAAUUUCCAAGCGCUCAGCAAGAGAGCCUUGCAAGGCAACAACGAAGCGCAGCUGCUGGCAGCAGUGGAGGAGGUUAA